AUGUUCUCCUCUACCAACUUCAAUGCGGAAAAUGGCGAAGAUGUUGUACACGAGAAGCAACCCAACAGCGAGGCUUCUUUAACCUCAACUCCAAAUGCAAGAUCGGAUGCUGCUGAGCAACUCAGCAAUUCUACUAUGUCUUCACCUCUAUCCAACUCGAAUUGUUCGGCAAAAUGGACACGAUCCGAUGGCUUCUGGCGAUCUUUCAUCGCCAUAUGCAUACCACUGCUUCUUUCCGCACUGGAAGGAAGCAUCACGAACACGGCACUACCCACCAUCUCCGAGGUCCUCGAUUUGAACACCAAAUUCUCUUGGAUAGCAACUGCUUUUCUCCUGUCCAGCACCAUCUUUCAGCCUUUGUACUCUCAAAUGGGAGAUAUAUGGGGACGCAAACGCCCUAUGAUGGCAACCAUCGCCAUUUUCGCUCUCGGCAGCGCAAUAUGUGCCGGAGCAAAAUCAGGCCCAGUGCUGAUUUUGGGACGGAUCGUUCAGGGCUUAGGCACAGGCGGAAUCGAUCUCUUCGCUGAAAUGAUCCUCUGCGACAUCGUCCCGUUAAGGAAGAGAGGUCCUUAUCUAGCGAUCAAGCAUGUUGCUUUCGCCGUUGGGACGACAUUGGGGCCGUUACUCGGUGGCGUUUUUGCAGAGCAUGGAUGGUACUGGUGCUUCCUGAUCAACAUACCCAUCUGUAUCAUCUCGCUGGUCAUUAUGUGGUUUUGGCUCAGUGUUGGCGAAGGCGUCACUGAUAGCGGGGUAUCUAUCGGAGACAAUCUGAAAAAGAUUGACUACAUCGGGUGUGGCAUACUGACUGGUUCUGUGCUUAUGCUUCUCGUUGCACUCAGCACUGGCGGCGCACCCCGGCCUUGGAACCACCCAUCCAUCAUCACACUCGUUGUGCUCGGAACACUGGGUCUCAUCGGCUUCAUCGUCUGGGAACGCUCUCGCUUUUGUAAAUACCCCAUAAUGUCACCCCACGUCUUUUCGAACCGUACGACAAACAUUGUCUUCGCGUUGACCGUCAUGCAUGGAUUCAUAACCUACGGCUUCCAAUUCUACCUCCCGCUCUUUUUCCAGGCCAUCAAAGGCUCAUCCCCAACAAAGUCCGGCAUUGAAGUUAUGCCCACGACACUUGUCAUUGCCAUCCUUGCUGCUAUCGGCGGACCCGUUCUCAGCUUGACAGGAAGAUACAAGCACAUCCACAUAGUUGGCUUCGCUUGCGUAACACUCGGCCAGGGACUCUGCAUAAUGAUUGACCACAGCACAUCCCCAGGUCUAUGGAUCACCAUUCAACUCAUCGUAGCGUCUGGCCUUGGAAUUAUGAUUCCGACUAUGCUCCCCGCCAUCCAAGCAAAACUUCCUGAUGCUAUUACAGCAGCAAGUGUAGGAUCAUGGGCUUUCCUACGCGGAACAGGAUCACUCUUCGGUGUCGCAAUCCCCGGUGCAGUCUUCAACGCGCGCUUUACCUCGCUUCUACCCAGCAUCUCCUGGCCAGCCGCCCAAGCAAAGCUCUCCCACGGCCAAGCAUACCAGCGUGCAACAGCUUCAUUCAUCAAGAAAUAUGGUAUCACGCCUGCCAUAAAAAGUGAGAUUGUAACCGCAUACACGCAGUCGCUCAGAAGCGUGUGGAUUGUCUUUACCGUCAUGGCCGCGCUGAGCUUCUGCAUCAGUUUCUGCGAGAAGGAGUACAAGAUGCGGACCGUGUUGAAUACGGCUUACGGGCUCAAGUCUAAGCAGACGACGCCAAGCAACGGGUUGCCUGCGGGAAGUAGUACACCGAAAUCUUCGGCUGCAUCGACGGUGGUCGAGACGAGAGCGCAGACCCCUGUUAAGAGCGAGAGUGAGAGUGAGAUGGCUGGCCAUGAAGGUAAAGAGAGGGGUUUGGAAACUGGAUUGUAA